AUGGAAGCUAUAGAGGCUGCACAAGGGGAUCGCAAACCCUGGACCGGAGAAGCUGCAAGUGUUCGGAGAAAUUGUGGAAAAUGUCAACUCACUCCGAAAGAGGCUGCUUUCAUCCUUCAAGCUCUUUCCAUUCCGACAAACAGAAAUAUAUAUUUGGCAGCUGCACUCAGUCCCACCAGGCAAGCUAGUUUGCUUAGCAGCAUAAAAUCAUCUUAUGUUGCUGAAUCAGACAGAGGCAUGGUAAAAGGUGAUAUUGAUACCUUGGGGUGGCAACAGCUCAUGGUUUGUGAUCCCUGCGAGUAUUUAGCUCAUUUUCGCCAGACUUGUGUAGCAGAAAGAGCAAGUUUCAAGCUUUUGAUCUUUUUCUUGUUCUCUCUGAUAUCUCUUAAAGAUGCUAAUCCUAAUGGAAACAAAGAAGAUCAGUCCCCACCGGAUGAGCUACUUGUUGCAGUCAGUGAAGGGUUUUGUACUGGUGCUGCAUGCAGAAAGCAACGUGGAUUGACCUCUCCCUGCCAUCAUGACAAACAAGGCAAGGAUCACAGAUGUCUAAGUGAUGGAUUUCUGUAG